GCUCUGCGUGGAUUGGCUGCGUCAUCGUGUCAGUCAGGCCCAGGUCCUUCCUUACCGCUCCUACAGUAAAUAUUUGUGUUUGCUCAACCGGCUGUAAUGGUGGACGAGUGAGGCAGAGUGCGACGGGAUCCAACAAAAGAGCAGAAGGAGGAGAAAUAAACGCCGAGCGUUGGAAAGUCUGCCUCAGAGCCAGCUGCCGCCACUUCUAGGAGGAAACGGACGGGCUUCGGUCAAAAAUGGAUGAACUCAAACAUCAAGUGAUGAUUAACCAGUUCGUCCUGACGGCGGGUUGUGCGGCAGACCAAGCGAAGCAGCUCCUGCAAGCGGCACACUGGCAGUUUGAGACUGCCCUCAGUGCCUUUUUUCAAGAAACAAAUAUUCCAUAUGGCCAUCAUCAUCAAAUGAUGUGCACCCCCGCCAACACGCCGGCCACGCCCCCCAACUUCCCCGACGCGUUGACCAUGUUCUCCCGGCUGAAAGCCUCCGAGAGCUUCGCCAGCAGCGCCGGCAGCCCCAUGGCCGUCUCCAUGGCGACCUCGCCGCCGCCACCCCAGGCGGGCAGCUGGGGAGCGACGCCCGGCGCGCCCAACGCGCCGCAACCGCAGCAGGGACUCUGGACUCCGCCCCCCACGCAGCCAUGCCCGCCCCCCUGGCCCAUGGGCGUCGCCCCACACGCGGGCGCCGAGCAGAAGGCCAGCGUCGCCAUGGAGGCGGAGAGAUGAAGGACUGGAAACGGCCCCCCGCCGCCUCGCUGUUGUCAUGGCGACGGUGAGAGGGGGGAGCGGGGUGGGUGGGUGGCAAUAAUGGGUAGAAACGGGAUUAGGUCGAAAAAAAUCUACGCAAACCAAGAAAAACUGAUUUAUGGAGGAAUAAAGAGAAAAAGGAUUCUAGUUUCAUUACCAAUAAAGAUUCCAACAAGAUAUUCAAGUACAAAACAGAAAUUUAAAAAUGUCACGCCCAAGGAUUCUCCACCAUGUUCAAGGACUUUCAAGGACUUUCAAGGCAGCAAGUCUUUUUGUUUUCCAGCCGGUGUUUUUUUUUACUCACUGCUGUUCUAUGUUCCUGCGACCAUCUGUGCUGCAUGAGGAAACAGCGAGGCACUGAUUGUUUUAAUUCUUUAAGAUUCAGAUUUGAUCACCAACUGGUGGCGCGUGGGACGCAUGUGGGACGCAUGAGAGCGAGUGAACGGUCAGCCUGUAAUCAGACGUGUAUUCAUAAAGUUCCAGUGUGUCUAUAUAUAUAUAUAUAUAUAUAUAUAUAUAUAUAUAAAUUAAUGUAAAUGCAUAAUUUAGGGUUUAGCAGGAAACAAAACACCUCCAUAUCUGUCAGGGGGGGGGACCUCUUCUCUCUUGACCUGGUGGUCACCUGACUUCUCUCAGCCAAUCAGGGAUUGUUCUUCAACCAGCUGACUCUCUUUUCACCGUUUCACCUGGACUGCAGGAGGCUUCAAGGCAACAAAUCGUCCUUUCUAUCUCAUUGUUUCUUAUGACGUUUUAUUUGUGGAGAGGCGGGAGGCCCAGGAAGUGGGCGGGGCUUUAGGUUGACCUUUUGUAAACGUGAAACAGUCGCAGCUAAAAUGACUAGAGAUUAAAAACGAGACUACUCCAUCUUUUUAAACAGAAAUGCCACUUUUUGCAUGACGUGUUCACAACGUGUAACAUCUUUUGUAGAAAGCAUACGGGAGGCGUGUUUCAUGAGGGGGCGGGGCUUAUUGCGGGAGGGCGGGGCUUAUGGCGGGGGUGUUCCCAUUAAUGAGCAGCAGAAUCUGGCUGUAAAAAGUCCAAAUUAAACAGAAAUGUGAGUGUAGGACUGAAAACGGCCAGCUGGGGGAGUCGGAGGCACUACAGACUACUUUCAGGGACAGGAUGACGCCCCUCCCCUGCCUGUUGCUGGACUGGAGGCUUCUGAAGGCGACCAGCUGCUGGUGCGCUCAUACUGCCGAGGAACGCUUCGGGAACAACCCUCAAAAAAUCGCAAUAUUUUGAAAGCAGGUUCUGCAGUUUUGAUUUUGACUUUGAUCAGAGACUUUAAAAUGAAAUAUUUUAAAUAGCUUAGGGUCUUUUUUUUAAGAAUAAAAAUUAUGGACAUAUUGAUGAGGAAUAACCAUCAUCCUGUUUCUUUAGACUAAAAUCUGGGAUGUGACCCAUUUUUCCCAAAGUUUGGUUCCUUAUUUGGUUGAGUCAGUUUGUGGGCGGGGCCUAAUGUUCCUAAUGGUUUCUCAUGUAUGUUUCCCCCGUUGUAUGACUGUAUGAGACCAUUCCCACAAUAUUUGUGGACUACCUGAUAAAUAACUUAUCAUUUUUGUGAACCUAAAUAAAUAUUGUAUGUCAACCUCUUCAGGAAA